GGAUGCAUCACUGCAGCUGGGCUCUCACCAGGGCAGAGCACGGGGGCAGAAAACUGUCCCUUACCCUGAUGGCUGUUCUGCUUUGGAUGCAACCCAGGACACCACUGUCUUUCCAAGCUGUGAGUGCACAUGGCCAGCCUCUCAUCCACCAGCACCCCAGGGAUGCUGCCCUCGAGGUACACCAAGGGACCACCCACACCUCUGAUAAAGAGCAGAUGCACCUUCACAUUUUGAGCAGCACUGACCUGCAGCACAGCACCCGGGAACUAACUUUGUGCCUGGGAACAGCCGGAGUGCCACCUCCUGCUCCUGGUAUGAAGUACACCAGCCUGCCAGCGGGAAUCCCCCUCCCUCUGUCCCACAUCAUUCACAGCCAUCAUCUCCUUGCACCAUCAGGCACCAAAACCCAUGUGGGAACUCAGGUCCCCUCAUCCCACUUCCAGCUGCCUUUGUUGAUCAGGGCUUUUGUAGCCAGAGCUUCAACACAGAAUCACAGAAUGGGUCAGGUUGGAAGGGACCAGAGUGGAUCACCUGGUCCAACUUCUCUGCUUAAGUAAGGUCAUCCUAGAGCACAUGUCACAGGACUGUGACCAGACAAUUCUUGAGCAUCUCCAGUGAUAGAGUCUCCACAAUCUCUGUGGGCAAUCGGUUACAGUGCUGGAAGUAAAGUUCUUCCUCAUAUUCAGGUGGAAUUUCCUGUGCAUCACUUUCUGGCCUCUGCCUCCUGUCCUGCUUGGCAGCACCAAGCAGAGCCUGGCUGUAUCCUCAAUACCCUCCCCUGAGAUAUUUCUAGACAUUGAUGAACUCCCUUCUCAGUUAUCUCGAGGCUGAAUAGGCCCAGCUCCCCCAUCCUUUCUUCUUAGGAGAGAUGCUCCUGUCCCUUAAUCAUCUUUUUUACCCUCUGCUGGACCGGCUCCAGGCUCCAUUUCUCUCUUGUACUGGGGAGCUCAGAAUUGGAAAACGUACUGCAGACACUGGGAAUAGUAAGGCUUAAUAUCAAUUUAUAUUAUUAUUCCCUUGGACACUGAAAAGACAACGUCUCCAAACACUGUUUUGCAACGGCGACAGGGACCUGCCAUACACUCUGGCCCUGACACCUUCUGUCUCCGCACCUCACCGCUAAGCUGCGGCACAUGCAGCCUCAGGCCGGCACAGCUACGCAGCUCCCGGCCUCCGGGAGCGCUGUAGGAUGUAGGUGGGACUGCGCGGAUUCCCGAUUCCCUGCCCCAGCCAUGGAGUCGAAGAAGCCGCCGUAACCACUGUGGAACACUCUGCAAUGUGGUUCAACCUGUGUCUGUAUUCCUCCGCGACGAGGCGCGGAAAAGAGUUCCUCGCCGGGGCUCCCCGCCGCCCCUCGUCGCGGCGCUUGGAGGUCUCGGUCCUGCGGCCCUCCGAGCGUCGCGUCGAAGGGCGGCGGAGAGCUGUGGCUGGCGACCGCACAGCAGCUGUACAAAGCCGAGAACCCAUUGCACGCCAGCCCCUGUCAUGGCCGCCACUAAACGGCGAGUCCGAUGCCUCCCAUACACCGUCCAGCUGUGGUUCGCUGACCAAGACCGCUUUAAGGCGGAAGGAUACAAUAUGCCGUGAGGCUCCCUUCCCGUUCCGUGCCUCUAAAAACCGGCCGGGGGGAGAGUGCAGCAUUUUCGCCGGUCUCUCACAUCGGAGACGGUAGGGACAGCUUGGGAGAUGGGGCUGGGCCUGAUGCCCUCACCGCCUCCUCCCUAGCUCUCAUGUCCUGAAAAUACUCUGAAAACAGGCUUGCUUUGUAGAUGCCCGAGAAGGUGCAGCACAAGGAGGAGGAGGAUGCAGAGACCUUCGCCUUCCAGGCGGAGAUCGCCCAGCUCAUGUCGCUCAUUAUCAACACCUUCUAUUCCAGUAAGGAGAUUUUCCUGCGGGAGCUCAUCUCCAACGCCUCCGACGCCUUGGAUAAGAUCCGGUAUGAGAGCCUGACCGACCCCUCAAAGCUGGACAGUGGGAAAGACCUGAAAAUUGACAUCAUCCCCAACCCCCGGGACCGCACACAUCUGGUGGACACUGGCAUUGGGAUGACAAAAGCAGACCUCAUCAACAACCUGGGCACCAUUGCCAAAUCUGGAACUAAAGCCUUCAUGGAAGCCCUGCAGGCUGGUGCAGACAUCUCCAUGAUCGGGCAGUUUGGUGUGGGUUUCUAUUCUGCCUAUCUGGUGGCUGAGAAGGUGAUUGUCAUUACCAAGCACAAUGAUGAUGAGCAGUAUGCUUGGGAGUCAUCAGCUGGGGGCUCAUUCACUGUCCGAACUGACCGUGAUGAGCCCAUUGGACGUGGCACCAAAGUGAUCCUGUACUUGAAGGAGGACCAGACUGACUACUUGGAGGAGCGUCGUGUGAAAGAGGUGGUGAAGAAGCACUCCCAGUUCAUUGGCUACCCCAUCACACUCUAUCUGGAGAAAGAACGUGAGAAAGAGAUCAGUGAUGAUGAAGUAGAGAAGGAGAAAGAUAAGAAGGAAGAAGAGUCAGUGUCCAAAGAUGAAGAGAAACCCAAAAUCGAGGAUGUGGGCUCUGAUGAGGAGGAGGAGGGAGACAAAGGCAAGAAGAAAAAGACCAAGAAAAUCAAGGAGAAAUAUAUUCACCAGGAGGAGCUGAACAAGACCAAACCAAUUUGGACCCGCAACCCUGAUGACAUCACCCAGGAAGAAUAUGGCGAGUUCUACAAGAGCCUCACCAACCACUGGGAGGACCACUUGGCUGUCAAGCAUUUCUCUGUGGACGGGCAGCUGGAGUUCAGGGCCCUGCUUUUCAUUCCACGCCAUGCCCCUUUUGACCUCUUUGAGAACAAGAAGAAGAAGAACAUUAAGCUUUAUGUGAGGCGGGUCUUCAUCAUGGACAGCUGUGACGAGCUCAUUCCUGAAUACCUAAACUUCAUCAGGGGUGUUGUGGACUCAGAGGACCUUCCUCUGAAUAUUUCUCGUGAGAUGCUCCAGCAGAGCAAGAUCCUCAAAGUGAUUCGCAAAAACAUUGUGAAGAAAUGCUUGGAGCUCUUUUCAGAGCUGGCAGAAGACAGAGACUACAAGAAAUUUUACAAGGCUUUUUCCAAGAAUCUAAAGGUGGGCAUCCAUGAGGACUCCACCAACCGAAAGCGCCUUUCAGAGCUUCUGCGGUACCAGAUGUCCCACUCAGGCAAUGAGGUGACUUCACUUUCUGAGUACAUGUCCCGUAUGAAGGAGAACCAGAAGAAGUACUACAUCACAGGGGAGAGUAAGGAGCAGGUUGCUAACUCAGCCUUUGUGGAGCGUGUGCGGAAGCAUGGCUUUGAGGUGGUAUACAUGACAGAGCCCAUCGAUGAGUAUUGCGUGCAGCAGCUCAAGGAGUUUGAUGGCAAGACUCUGGUAACAGUCACCAAAGAGGGGCUGGAGCUGCCUGAAGAUGAGGAAGAGAAAACAAAGAUGGAGGAGAGGAAGGCCAAGUUUGAGAACCUCUGCAAACUUAUGAAGGAAAUCUUGGACAAGAAGGUGGAGAAGGUCACUGUCUCAAACCGGUUGGUGUCAUCUCCCUGCUGCAUUGUCACCAGCACUUACGGCUGGACAGCCAACAUGGAACGCAUCAUGAAGGCUCAGGCACUGCGGGACAACUCUACCAUGGGCUAUAUGAUGGCCAAGAAGCACCUGGAGAUCAACCCUGAUCACCCAAUUGUGGAAACCCUUCGCCAGAAGACUGAUGCUGACAAGAACGACAAAGCUGUUAAAGAUCUGAUGGUGCUACUCUUUGAGACUGCUCUUCUGUCCUCUGGUUUCUCCCUGGAAGAUCCCCAGACCCACUCCAACCGCAUCUACAGGAUGAUCGAACUUGGGCUUGGCAUUGAUGAAGAUGAGAUGACUGCAGAGGAGCCCAGUACAGCUGUCCCUGAGGAAAUCCCCCCUCUGGAGGGAGAUGAAGAUAUAUCCCACAUGGAAGAGGUAGACUGAAGGAGGAAGGUUCUUCCUUCACCUGCCAGACCUCUGCUCUGUCAUGUCUGCUUAGAAGACGGUCUGCUCCCACCAGCUGCUACUGACUUCUUGGUGGUGUCUGUUCUUUUGGCUGUGUUUGGUUGGGGUUGUUUUUGGCAGGGUGCAGGAGGGCAUGAUUCCCUUUUUGUUAGUAGUGAUUCAGGUAGCCUGAGGUCUGUCUGUUCUGUGUCUUUCCGCUUGUGUAGGAACAGCUGAUGGGGAAUGGAGGAGUGAGGAAGCAUUAGGCUUCCUCUCACCCCCUCAUGGAGUGUCCCAUGUUACCAGUAGGCAUCAAAUACUGUCCUUAUGCCAUUGGGGUGGGAGAGUCCUUCCUCUGAACUGCUGCCUCCCUGAAGCCCCAGAAUAGCACAAUGUAUUUUGGAUGAGUUUUGUUUGAUUAUUUUUGGUUUUUUUUUUGUUCUACUGGCAUUAAAGAACUGAUGAUUUACAUG